GGGUGAUUUAAUCCCAGAAGGUGGAUAAUUAAUUGCUUUCCGAAAAAAAUGAACCAAAAAACAAAAUGAAGUUUGGUAAAGGAUACUAGUGAUGUAUACGAUUCACUGUGGCGACCACCGCUUUUAACACUCUCCGAUAUAAGACGCCAAUUUUAAUUUAAUUGCCGUCCUUCCCCUCUCCUACCUUCUCUAUAUAAACCCACCAAUGCUUGCUCCAGCCCCACCGAGAGGAUCCUAUUAAAUUUCCCACUCCCCACCCCUUCCUUCUCCCACACCAACUCCCUCAGCAGCGGGAGAUAAGGAGAGGUGUCCACAAUAGGUAGGGAUGGAGAUGUGUUAUAGAGUUAUCUGCGCCUUCCUUCUCCUGGCCCUUCUCUCCUGUCUCCUCAUGAGAAAGCACAAAAGGAAACCCCAGGCAAAAGUGAGACUCCCACCGGGUUCUACGGGAUGGCCUUACAUAGGAGAGACCCUUCAGCUCUACUCACAGGACCCUAAUAUCUUCUUCGCCACAAAACAGAAACGGUAUGGGGACAUCUUCAAGACCCAGGUGCUGGGUUACCCUUGCGUGAUGCUGGCCAGCCCGGAGGCCGCCAGGUACGUCCUGGUGACCCAAGCCCACCUCUUCAAGCCCACCUACCCUCGGAGCAAGGAGCGGAUGAUCGGCCCGUGGGCUCUCUUCUUCCACCAAGGGGACUACCACAUGCGGCUGAGGAAGCUGGUGCAGGGCUCGCUGGCGCCGGACAACCUUCGCGGCCUCGUCCCCGACAUCGAAGCCAUCGUCACCUCCAUGCUCGACUCGUGGGAUGGCCGUGUGGUCAAAACAUUCCAUGCAAUGAAGAGGUUCUCAUUUGAUGUGGGUAUCCUCACAAUCUUCGGUGGCCGACUAGAAGAACGGCACAAACAAGAGUUGAAGAGGAACUACUUCAUCGUCGACAAGGGCUACAAUUCAUUCCCCAUUAACAUCCCCGGAGCUCUAUUCCACAAAGCAAUCCAAGCGAGGAAAAGGCUACGUCAGAUACUGAAUGAGAUCAUGAGUGAGAGGAGGAGGAAAGGAGUGAUGAAUAAGGAUCUCUUAGGCUGUCUCAUGGAGUCAUCAAGUGACAAAGAUGAGCACUUGAGUGAUGAUCAGAUCUCUGACAACAUCAUCGGUGCACUCUUUGCGGCGCAGGACACCACCGCCAGUGUCCUAACAUGGAUCCUCAAGUAUCUCCAUGACAACCCCAAGCUUCUCGAAGCUGUAAAGGCCGAGCAAAUGGGUAUACACGAGACCAACGGGUACGGAAACCAACCCUUGACAUGGACCCAGACAAGAAGCAUGGUCCUCACUCGCAGGGUCAUACUGGAGAGUUUAAGAAUGGCAAGUAUCAUUUCUUUCACGUUUAGGGAGGCCGUGGUUGACGUGGAGUACAAUGGGUACCUCAUACCCAAAGGAUGGAAAGUGAUGCCUUUGUUCAGGAACAUACAUCAUAAUCCUCAAUUUUUCCGAGACCCACAAAAGUUCGACCCUUCUAGAUUCGAGACUGCACCCAAACCCAAUACCUUUUGGCCAUUUGGAAACGGCGUUCACUCCUGUCCGGGCAAUGAGCUAGCCAAGCUCGAAAUGUUCAUCUUUAUCCACCAUCUGGUGACCAAAUUCAGGUGGGAAGUGGAGGGAUCCCAAAGUGGGAUUGAGUAUAGUCCAUUUCUGGUCCCCAAGCAUGGGCUACCAGCCAAGUUGCGGAGAGCUUCCGGCACUAUCAGCAGCGAUGCUGCCUAACGGCAUCACUUUGAGUAAUCAGGCUAGGUGUGCGCAUGUGUGCCACUUGACCCACUAGAUAAAUCAUAGUAGAGGGAUCCUCAUCAAUUCUGCUUCUUGUAUGAUCAAACAUAAUAUAUUUUAUCUUUUUAAUCAAUUUGAUUGUUCGAUCAA